AUGCCACCCGACACCACUGAUCUCCAGGAGCUCGAUAUUAUCCACCGCGAUGAGUGGCCUACCUACGGUGGGAAAUUCUUGCCUCCACCCAUCAAGAGCAGCGCCGACCUCUAUGCGCUGGUUGACGACGGCACUGAGCCGCCUCUACCGAGAGAAGAACGUCUGAAGAUCUUUGUCGAGAUUGAAGCAAUCCUCAAAGAGCGUGCUACCUUGGAGACUGAUCCUCUGACUCUUCCUGACGACUUCAAACAAUUCUGCGCACUCACAAACAAGUUUACUGGACCUGCCCUUCCAUCGAUCAGCUCAUGUAUCCCAGACGCAUUCGACGACUUACACGAUCCACUGAUGGGGCGUGAAUACCUGAAUGGAAACGAUGAGAGAGAGCAGAUAUCUUUGGUAUCGAACUGGCAAUUGGGAGUGGGUGCUGGUUAUGUUGGCGGCAAGGAAUUGGAAGGAGAUUGGAGCUGGAGGUGGGCACUCCGCGCCGGUUACGAAGAGCCGCCGGAGAUUUUUGAAGACGUCGAGGACCAGUUGGACAGCUACUGUGAGAUAUAUUUGGACGUCAUUGUCUCAUCCUACGGUGAUGAUAUUGGCGAAGGUACAAUCUAG